UUUCUCGAAAUAGAUUGGACUUGAGCUUCACCUCAGUCGAGCUUGAUUUGCACAGUUGACAGCUAGACUCGGAUUGGACUCACAGCCCGAGUUGAGCUUGAGUAAGAAGCUGUAGCCAAGUUUAUAUUAUUUUGAAAGGUUCUCAAUGACCCUUAAGCAGGAGAAUGGAUUUGGUUCUUCAUUCAGAUUUAAUGACCGGCCAACUAGUGAUGUCGUUGUUAGGCUGCGAACUCCUGAAGGUCGUGAUGAGUGGUUAUAUUGCCACUCUUCCAUCCUUGUCAAGAAAAGCAAGUAUUUUGCUGAUCGUCUCUCUGACACUUGGCCAACAUGUCAGAUCCUUGAUGCACGCAGUUGUGUUGAGGUUUAUUGCCAAGAAUCUGACUUUGACUACAAUAUCACUCUUCUACGCCUUCUCUAUGCUGUUUCUGAUAGCUUGAUUUCUGAAAGCUGGCAUGGAGUCCGAAACACCCUAGGCAUCCUUCGAGUGGCUGUUGAGCUAGGAUGCCCUCAAAUUGUUUCUUCUUCUGUAGAGUACUUGGAGGCUGUCCCUUGGGAAGAGGCUGAGGAGGAGGAAAUUCUACAAACCAUACCAUCCAUUGGACCCACAACUAACCCGAUUCUUGCCCGCCUUCAACCGGUAGAUCAGGGUGUAAUUUGGAGGAUAUUCACAUCAGCCAUUCGAUUUGCCACAUCAUCUCCACCUCCAUCGUUAAGGGAUCUCAAAUCUUCAGCUCAAGAACAGCUAGAGUAUAUGCUUGCUGAGGAUGAUGACGCUCCACUUCUCACCUCCUGUGAUGAGCUAAAGGUUGAGGUGAGAGAAUGUAUGAAGAGACUCUCAUUGAGAUUUAGUGAUCUUCUAGAAUCUUUACUGAAGGAUCUUGAAACAACAGUUUUUGAUGGUGAAAAGUUUGUGCUGCUACAAUCAUAUUUAUCAGAUUUAUCAUGGGCGUGUCAGAUUUCUGCUAAACUCGAAUUAAUGAGAGACUUGGUUAAUUUUUGGUUAGAGGUGUCCGAUAUGAUUGUCAAGCUUAUUGAUAGCACAAGUUCAAAAGUAGAAACACUCGAGAUUAAGAUGAAGGUGAUUGAGGUGGCAACAAAAGUUUUAGAAGCAGUAGGGUAUGGAAAUGUUGUUUUGCCAACUGCAAAGAGGCUUCACAUGGUAAAGUUAUGGCUCCCUUUUGCAAGAAUUACAAAGCCGCUGAUCGAUACCGCUUCGUCUGAGGAUAGUUCGAAGGUGAAAAUAGAUAGUGAGGUGUGGCAGACAUUAGAAUCUGCAUUUAUUUCAAUGAUACUCGCGUUGCCUUCAGGGGAUCAAGCAGAGAUUUUGACAAAAUGGUUGGAGAAUCAACAUAUUCAGUAUCCCGACUUAACCGAGGCAUUUGAGGUAUGGUGUUAUAGAUCUAAGGUUGCCAGAAAGAGACUGACACCUUUUGGUGCUUCAUUUGUAUGAUUAUCUUAAACAUUGCAAUGUGUUUCAUCGUUCUUCAGUUUGCAGGAUGUUCUGACUAGUUCAUGUGAAGAAUUAAUAUUUUUGUAAGGAGGGGUGUUCAAUAACCGGUUCGGACCGGGAAAAUGUACCAGACUAGACCAGUCUCUUGGUCGGGAAAUAUUAUUUUCUAGUUUCUGGUCCGUCUUGUCCGAAACCCAUCAAAAUGGUUUUAGACCGGACUGGUUUUUUUUUUUAUCUUGCCAAGAAGGUUUUUUUUCUUUUUCUUUUUCUUUUUGACAUCAAGAAUCUUACCUGGAAGUUGGUGCUUUUAAAUAUGCGUUUGAGGUAUUGUGUUAUGAAUUUAUGAUCUACUCUAUUUUUGGCUUUCAUAUAAUAAUGCCUUUAACAAUUGGUUUUCUAUAUUUUCUUCUAUUUUAGGGCUUUUGGUGCGAUCCUGUUCCGAUUCCAGUCUAGGCAUAUCUCGGCCUAGUACUCCGGUCAUUAAAUACGAAGUAUUAAAUUUCGUAUGUCUAUGGUCUCUGCAUACUAAAGUCGGGUUAGUAACAAAUUGACAGGUAGGCUCUGUUAUCUUUAACUUAUAUUUAUUGCUUAUUAGAUCAGAUUAAAAAAAGCAAAACAAACACUUAUAUGAAACAAGCAGAUCAGACUAAAAACUAGAUAAAUUAGACCAAAUCGGAUGAAUUGAACAAGGCCUUAGUGCAUUGAUUAGCAAAGGAAAGAUCAAACUAGGGAGUAGGGAGGGAAGUUAAGAUGUGAUUUAGUACCUUGUGGUGAAAGGACUUUCGAACGACCACUUUAUCUUUCAAACCGGCUACUUUGCAAUGUAGUAAAAACACACAAAAAAAAGUCACAAACUUUAAAAGAAAGGGUGAAAGAGAUUGUUCUGAUCAUUUUUGCUUUAGCUAACUAUACGAAUUUCUAAAUAAUUGUCAAUUUUUUUUUUUGGUGAGAAAGGAGGAGAGUAGCUCCAAUAAAGUAAAGGAACACGCAGAAGGAAAAACAACGCACAAAACAGAAAAAAGAGACGAACGAAAGGGAAACUAAAAACAGAAAACAAAAGCUAAGUUACUCCAUCCUCAAGCUGUAACAGCAGGUACCCUUCGCAGUAGGACUACACCCCCCAACUCCUCCAAUAAAACUACACGAAGGCCCGGUGGAGCCGCCUCCGUGAUCACAAGUUUGGGUGACAGUCCAACUACGUGGUUAGCCAACCAAUCGGCCGCACGAUUUGCCUCACGAUAGCAGUGUUGGAUAACCACUUCCCACUCUUGCCGUUGCACCAUCUCUUUACAUCUCCUGACUAGGUGAAAGUAGGGGGAGCUAGGUUGAUUAUCUCCUAGCAGAGUACGGACCACUAUCAUCGAGUCCACUUCCAGUACAACUUGUUUAAAGCCCUUAUUCCAAGCCAAAGCAAGCCCCUUUAGGACUGCGAGGAAUUCUGCCUUCCUACUUGUUGUGUGGCCACAGUUUGCAGCAAAGAGACCCAACUCCUCUCCAUGACAUCCUCGAAUUAUCCCUCCAGCACCAGCUAGCCCCGGGUUUCCUUUCGAAGCUCCAUCAGUGUUAAGUUUUACCCACCCUUCUUGUGGGUGCUGCCAACACACCCCAAUUUCUUGUUGUACCCUAUUGUUGCCGCCGUUUAGGUAAUCCUCCCUCUCCAUCGCCUGUAAAAUCAAAACAACUCUACCCAUAAUGAAUCCAAGUUGAUCUACAGGGAUCUCUGAGGCUGACUUUUAAACACUCUAGCGUUCCUCCACUUCCAUAAACACCACAAGGUGGUGCAGAACACCACGGGCCAGUGCUCGUCACGAGUGGGGUCUUGCUUGGUGUUUCGAAUGACCCACUCUUCAAAUGUAUUCCCAAAUAUCUCAUGACAAUUGAUUCCAGGGAACUUCCUCCACACCAUAGUGGCUGUUGGACAUUUACGUAAUAUGUGCUCCACAUUUUCUUCCACUUCUCCACAAGCCAGGCACCUUGGAUCAUCUGAGAGCUUUCGUAUAAAUCGAUUCGCAUUUGUCAUUAAGCGAUUAUGUAAAGCCAACCAUAAGAAAAACCUAAUUCGUUGGGGAACUUGCAACUUCCAAACAAAGUUCCAAUUUACAGUAGCUCCUAAGUCAAGUUCCCCUCGAAUAAUCUUCAACGCGGACUUGAUGGUGAAGCACCCAGAGGUCGACCCAUUCCAAUAGACGGUGUCUAUAGCUUCCUCGUCCUCGAUCACUUCGAAGGAGUCAAUCUGCUGAAGUACCUUAGCAGGUAAAUACUCAGCGAACUCCUCCCACUUCCAACCCCUUCGUGGAUCCCACAACUCUUGAAUCGUUUCAUCUCGCAUGCAUAUAGGCGGUUCCCUAGUUGCCACAUCUAGUAAUGAGUGGUUGCUUACCCAUUUGUAGUGCCAGAACAACGCCUUCUUGCCAUUACCCACAACCAUAUUCACACCCUGCCUUAGGAUGUCCACAUUGUCCACCAUCCCCCUCCACGCAUUGGAUGCUCCCACCUUGUGUUUGAACAUCUCCAAGUCACAGCGACCCUCGCAAUAUUUACUCCGCAUUACUCGAGCCCAGUACAUCAAGUUAAGCCAAGACCCUCCACCCCAGUUUUGUUAGAAAAGCGGUGUUUGCUUGCCUCAUUGACCGUAUACCUAGCCCUCCAUUGGCCGUGUCGUUUGUGACCGUAUCCCAGGAUACUAAAUGCACUAAGCGCUGGUCCUCUGUACUACCCUAUAAGAACCUCCUGGAGACACGAUCGAUGUCAUCACACGUGGUUCUCAGGAUUUUGGUAGUUUGCAUCAUAAUAGGGCAUCGAACUGAUGGACGACUGUACUAAUGUUGCUCUGCGCGCCAGUGAAAUCAUCUUUGCCUUCCAACCAGAUGCUUUAGUUAUUUGAAGUAUUGCACUAUAAUACAUUUAUUAUUAUGGAUUUUUAUUUUUA